AUGGUCGCGGGCACGGGAUCCGGGGCGCGGCGCCGAGGAUGCGGCGGCGACGGGGACCGGGCGCUGACGUCACCGAGCGAGGCAGCCUGGGAAGGGGGGAUGGGGGAUGCGGUGAAGAAACGGAGGAGCGCGCCGCGGCACCGGUGGGUCCAAUGUGCCGAACCCUGGGUGAUCAGCAAUAGCUCCCGCUUCCAGUCAGUCCGUCAUGGUAAUGCAAGCGUCCCUCUAAACCCGGGUCGCCUGCUAAGAAGCCCCCUCCCACCUAUGGCUGACGCGUCGAGCGCAGGUGCUUGCGGAGACCACGCCGCACUGCCGCCGGCGUGUCCCGGAAUACGCUCCGCCCCUGCAGACAAGGCGGCAGCCACGCGGGGUCGUCGGGUCAGAGGGCGCCGCAGGUUCCGGCUGGGGAGGAGGGGACCCGGGGGGCUGGCGCGCCCCCUCUCCCGGCCAGCCGCCGCGCUUUCAUCUGAGAGGCCCGGGCCGGCCCCCACGUGGCUUAAUCAGGCGCGGCUGUUCCUACAGGACCCCGAACAUCUGGAUACUGGCGCGGCCCCUCCCCCGCCCCUCCCGGGCGGAGGCCGUCGCGACCCCGCAGCCAGGUCCGCGCGGCGGCCGCCGCCGCUGUUGCUGCUGCUGCUGCUUUGCGUCCUCGGGGCACAGCGAGCCGAAACGAGAACCCACACGGCCGUGAUCAGUCCCCAGGACCCCACGCUCCUCAUCGGCUCCUCCCUGCAGGCCACCUGCUCAGUGUUGGGGGACCUACCAGGGGCCACUGCUGAUGGCCUCUACUGGACCCUCAAUGGGCGCCGCCUGCCUGCUGAGCUCUCCCGAGUGCUUAAUGCCUCAACCUUGGCCCUUGCCCUGGCCAACCUCAACGGGUCCAGGCAACAGUCAGGAGACAACCUGGUGUGUCACGCCCGAGAUGGCAGCAUCCUGGCUGGCUCCUGCCUUUAUGUUGGCCUGCCCCCGGAGAAACCCUUCAACAUCAGCUGCUGGUCCAAGAACAUGAAGGACCUGACGUGCCGCUGGACACCUGGGGCGCCUGGAGAGACUUUCCUGCACACCAACUAUUCCCUCAAGUACAAACUGAGGUGGUACGGCCAGGACAAUACUUGUGAAGAGUACCACACCAUGGGGCCCCACUCCUGCCACAUCCCCAAGGACCUGGCCCUCUUCACACCCUAUGAGAUCUGGGUGGAGGCCACCAACCGCCUGGGCUCCUCUCGCUCUGACGUGCUCACUCUGGACAUUCUGGAUGUGGUAACCACAGACCCCCCUCCCGAUGUGCAUGUGAGCCGCGUUGGGGGCCUGGAAGACCAGCUCAGUGUUCGAUGGGUCUCGCCACCUGCCCUCAAGGACUUCCUGUUCCAAGCCAAGUACCAGAUCCGAUAUCGUGUGGAGGACAGUGUAGAUUGGAAGGUGGUGGAUGAUGUCAGCAACCAGACCUCUUGCCGCCUGGCGGGCCUGAAACCAGGCACUGUGUACUUCGUGCAAGUCCGCUGCAACCCUUUUGGCAUCUAUGGCUCCAAGAAGGCUGGGAUCUGGAGUGAAUGGAGCCACCCCACAGCUGCAUCUACCCCCCGAAGUGAGAGACCGGGCCCUGGCGGUGGGGCGUGCGAGCCUCGGGGCGGCGAGCCGAGCUCGGGCCCGGUGCGGCGCGAGCUCAAGCAGUUCCUGGGAUGGCUCAAGAAGCACGCGUACUGCUCGAACCUCAGCUUCCGCCUCUACGACCAGUGGCGCGCCUGGAUGCAGAAGUCGCACAAGACGCGCAACCAGGACGCGGGGAUCCUGCCCUCGGGCAGACGGGGCUCGGCGAGAGGUACUGCCAGAUAAACUCUAGGGCUGGGCUGCCAUCCC